AUGGACCUAUUGGAGCAGGAGGUGGAAGCGCUGGUCGCCCGCUGGAACCUCUGCAUCAACCUGGGUGGCUUCUUUGUUGGGCUCUUCUCCGUCACGCUCUUCGGGCCAUGGAGCGACAGUGUGGGCCGCCGACCGACACUCGUCCUGCCGGCGGUGGGUAUGGCCCUGCAAGCGGCCGUCUAUCUUCUCGUCAUGUACCUGCAGCUGCAUGUUGCCUACUUUCUCCUCGGACGCCUUUUGAGUGGCCUCCUGGGAGACUACAACCUGAUCCUGGCCAGCUGCUUCGCCUACCUCGCCGCCAGCCUCGCCGCCGCUCUCUACGCUGCUUUCUGUCUUCAGGAAUCGGUGAAGCCUCCAAAACCAGCCAAGCUGUUGACGCUUGGUCAUUACAAGGCUGUCUAUAGGCUGUACACGGCCCCAGAACGCUCGAGCUCCAGGCGGAAGCUCGCCCUUUACUCCUUGGCUUUCUUUCUGCUUGUGACGGUACAUUUUGGAGCCAAGGACCUCUUUGUUUUGUACGAGCUUGGCUCCCCUCUCUGCUGGGCCGCGGACCUCAUUGGGUACGGCUCGGCCGCCAGUUACCUGGCGUACCUGGGCAGCCUGGGAGGGCUGCGGCUGCUGCAGCUCUGCCUUGAAGACACCUGGGUGGCAGAGAUAGGUGUGAUCUCCAAUAUUUCCGGACUGGUUGUGAUUUCUCUCGCAACUACCACACCGCUGAUGUUUACAGGUUAUGGGAUCCUGUUCCUGUCCAUGGCAGCCACUCCAGUCAUCAGAGCCAAGCUCUCCAAGCUGGUCAGUGAGACGGAACAGGGUGCCCUCUUCGCCUCCGUUGCCUGUGUGGAGGGGCUGUGUUCGCUCGUGGCUACGGGAGUGUUCAACUCUCUCUACCCUGCCACUCUGCACUUCAUGAGGGGGUUCCCAUUUCUCUUCGGGGCUAUAAUUCUUCUGAUUCCAGCAGCUAUUAUUGGGUGGAUAGAAAUCUGGGACUCAAACCAGGACUACAGUCACUUCUCAGAUGCUUCCCCAUCCCCUGCAGAUGACUGAGCAGCAACUUAGCAACGAGGAAUUGGCCAGCUCGGCCGUGUCCAUCUGAAGACUGCUCUUUAUUCUUCCCUUGAAGGACACAUUAGUGUGGGAGGGACAC